AGCCGGAACCUUUGUCGUGCAAUGUCUUUCCGGUCGGAGACAUGAUGAUGUAACCACGGCAUGCAUGUUGUGUACACCAGGAAAACCCACGCUGAGAGAAGUUAGCAGCUUUUAGAAACGACACCAUGAAGAUCAAGAGACAGAAACAAGCCAAGAAAACCAUCAGCUUCUACAAGUACAACUUCGGCUUCCGGGAACCGUUCCAGAUCCUCUUUGACGGCACCUUCUGCCAGGCGGCCCUGAAGAACAAGAUCCAGAUCAAAGAGCAGAUGCCCAAGUACCUGAUGGGGGAGGUACAGCUGUGCACCACCAACUGUGCACUGAAAGAACUGGAGACCCUGGGGAAGGAGCUGUACGGAGCCAAACUCAUCCUGCAGAGGUAUCAGGUCAGGAACUGUGCACAUUUCAAGAGCCCAGUCCCUGCUUCAGAGUGUCUGCUAUCCAUGCUGGGGGAGAACAACCCACACCAUUACUUUGUAGCCACACAGGACCACACUCUGACCGCAGGCCUGAAGAAGAUCUCGGGCUGUCCUCUGUUUUACAUCAUCUCCAACACCAUUGUCCUGGACAAGCCCAGCCAGGUGUCUCUCGAUCAGGUCCAGGCCGUCUCCCUGGGGGAGCUGGUGAGCCCGGCCCAGCAGCAGAGCAUCCGCAGCCUGAAAGAGGAGCAGGGCAUCGGCCAGGCGGACGGAGAGAGACGAGGGAAGAAGAGGAGGAGGAAACAGAGCCAUCCUAACCCUCUGAGCUGCCUGAAGAAGAAGAAGAAAGGAGGGCCGACGCCACCCCGGAAGAAGACGGAGGAGGGGGAGAAGAAGAGAAACCGACAGAAGAAGCAGAAGACGGAGGAAGUGCCAGCUCCUGCAAAAACAAAUACAUAAUGUGGCAGGAAGACAGACACUCAAGCCAUUUUGUUUCCUACAAAAAUAACAUUUGAAGAUGUCGAAUAAUUUCAUGUUUAAUAUAAAACCAGAACAUCUGCUCUGUUGUUCUGAUGUCACCACAUUGAACAUGUUCAUGUUUAUAACACAAAAUGUCAUUUUAAAAUCUCAGUAUUUAUUUUAAUUUGAAAGGUUCUGCGACAGUUUCCAGGACUCAGACAGAAACAUAACAAUAUUUUCAAGAUCAGAGGAUUUGUCUCUGGCUUUUAUACAAAAUAUAAAAGCAGGUUUACAGGCACAUAGUUCAAGAUAGAAGCUGCACUCGGACAUUACAUGACGUACAGUUCACACGAGAGUGGAUUUUGAAAACCAUGCAUUCAGCCGUCUUUUGCAGAAGCAUGAGGAAGAAGUGUGACAACAAUGACUUGUUGGUCUGCUUGUUAUUAUGCUGUGGGAUUUGUUACUUCUGCUGGAUUCAGUCUGUAUCAAGAGUCCAAACAAUGACACACAUUCUCAAUUUGUCAAUUCAAACCUCACUUGGUCCUGUUCACCCUUUCUAGUUGAUUACUUAGUAGUUUUACUUAUAGAUUAAAAAACAAACUAUUCAUUCUCUAUAACUCUUGUAUAUUACAACAUUGAUUAUUGAGUAUGAGCAUUGAAUAGAUUAUCUACAUCAUGUCAAAGGUAACAGCUGAAUUGUUUAUCGAGAUAAUACAACAUUACUGUAGAGCUGCUUUCAGAACAGGCACUGAACUCCAGAUGUUUUCCUGACAUUUUCCAGAUGUGGAAACGCAAGUCAGUUGCUGCCAGUCCCUGGUAAAAUGUCUGAGUGGGCACAUGAGAAAAUGUCAGGACAUUAUCUGGAGUUCACCUGAAAACCAUUUGUCACCCACUUGUAACUAAAUGAUUUUCCAUUUAUAAAAGGGACAUUGGAUUAAACAAGAUUGUGUCAUUUCAAGAGUAAAAGAGCAAGACGGCAAUAAAAUGUAAUUUCUGCAGCAAUUCCACUCUAAUGAGAUGAUUCCGCACAGAGCAUGCACACGUGGCAGAACACUUAUGUUUACUUACAGGUUAAAAGUCUCUUGAUAUUUAAUAUAAGGUGUGUCCCAAAUCUAUACUAAAUACUAAUGUGUACAAUGUACACUUAUGUUUUCAGUUAUAGCUCCUUUAGAGGAAACCAUCAUACUGAAUGUAUUGUAGGAGAAUAGUGUACAACAACAGUACCUUAAAAGCUCUACUGUUUAUCUUUGUCUACUUUAUUUUGUCUAGUUCAAGCAAACUUCCUAUUAUAAUUCCUGCUUGUACAGAUUUGGGGCACAACUCUAGCAAGCAGUGAGUUUUUAAAGUGCUACGCUACAGUUGUAUAAUGAUUCAUUGCUGGUUGAGUUUGCAAACCACUAUUUUAGUAACUGUUAAAUUGUACUCCUGCAGAAACUGGAUAAAGUGCAUGCUUCUUUUGG